AAUUUGCACAGCUGAUAAUGUUGUUCAACAAUGGUUCUUGAGUGAAAAUCAUCGCCACGCAAUAUCCGUCGCCUGCACAAUGCCUGAAGCUACACAGGAUGACUAUCCCACAUGGCUGGGGAUGGUCUUUGUGUUCAACCUCAUCAUAGGCACAGGGGCUCUGACACUGCCCGCAGCCUUCGCCCGAGCUGGCUGGCUGGGGGGCUCCGUGAUGGUGCUCCUGGUGGGCUUCAUCUCCUACGUCACAGUCACCUUUGUCAUCGAAGCAAUGGCCAGUGCCAAUGCCAUCCUCCAUCUGCGCUCCGUCCUGAAGCGCCGCACCGCCAGAGCUGGGGCUUCAGACUCUGACUCCGACGCUGCCGAGAGCUCUCCCCUGGUCAGCGAGGAGGGCACGCCCUUCUCCCUGGCUUCGCGCGUCGAGAUGGGCGAAAUGGCCACAAUCUACUUCACAGGAACUGGCGUGGCAGUUUUCUAUCUCUGCCUCGCCAUUUACCUGUACGGCGAUCUCAGCAUCUACGCCGCGGCGAUCGGGACGAGUCUCAAGGAUGUCAUCUGUGCAGCCGGGAACGUGACUGAUCCCCACGCUCCCUGCUGGCCUGAUCACUCCUUCACGCGCAUCGAGUGCUAUCGCGCCUGUGUGGUGGCCACGGGACUCCUGCUCGGCCCCUUUGUCUUCUUCAACGUGCAGAAGACAAAGUACAUCCAGAUACUCACCGUCAUCUUCCGGUGGUGUGCGUUCACUUCGAUGAUCGUAAUGGCUGUGUCGCGCUUGAUUCAGGACGGAGUUCAGGGCCAUCCAGGCCCUGUGAUCCCCACUGGAAUCCCCAGCCUCUUCGGCACUUGCAUCUACUCCUUCAUGUGCCACCACUCCUUGCCGAGUCUCCUGGCGCCCGUGCGGGAAAAGCGUCAUCUCACGUGGACUCUUCCACUGGACUUCAUCCUCAUCGCCAUCUUCUACAUCCUCCUCGCCCUGACUGGGGUCUUUGCAUUUGACAAGCUGGACGACUUGUACACCCUGAACUUCCUCGAGAAUCCCGGCGAGGGAUUCACCCGCGUGAUAGACUACUUCCUGGCCCUCUUCCCGGUCUUCACGCUCAGCGCCAGUCUUCCCAUCGUGGCCAUCACGCUGAGGAACAAUCUCCAGGCAAUCUUGGUGGCUGGCAGAAGAAAUUCCGUCACUUGUCGCGCUCUGUUGCCUCUCCUGGCACUCCUUCCGGCCUUCGCGGUGACACUCCUGACCGACAGUCUCAGCUCUCUGGUGGGAUUCACGGGAACCUACGCCGGAGCGGGCGUGCAGUACAUCACGCCUGUGGCUCUGGUCUACUGCGCUCGAAGGCAGAUCUCAGCUCUGAUGCCCUCCUCGCCCAAUCCCCACCGUUCUCCCUUCCAGGGCAACAAGUGGCUCCUGCUGGUGGUGAUCUGGUGCGCCCUCGGAGUCGUUCUGGUCACGGUGAACUUCUUCACCAGCGUGGCUCAUCCUCCCUGAACCGCCCAAUUGCCAAAAUAAAGAUAUUUACACUAUUAUUGUGACAAAAAGGAUGAUCGAGUUUUAUUUUAU